AAAAGUGACUGUUUAUGUUAAAUGAGAAAGAAAUUAGUGAAAUGAGUGAGGUAGCAGAUUCAGUUUAACCCAAGUAAGUUAAGAUAGGGGAAACAAAAAAUGUGUCCGGUAGAAAUAUUUCAGGAUUGACUUUGUGAUUAUAGACUAGCAUAUAUAGUUAGUGAUACGGAAGAGUUCCAAAACUAAAUUAAAAAGAUUGAAUGAAUCAUAUCAGGACGAGUUCGUUUCUUAAAUGUUUUAAAACAAUGUAGGAACUUUCUGGUAAGCUUCCAAUUGAACAACCUCCUCAAGAUCUUCACUUGUGGAAGAUAGAAGGAAUAACGGGGACUUGCAAAGGAGUAGACUUAGUCCCUGAGCAUAUGAUACAUUUGACUUGAACAUCCAUAUCCUGAAUUUCUAUUUUAAUAUCAUAAAGAAAUAUUAUGUAUAGCAGUUAGGACCAAAGUUAAUAUGAUCAUGUGUAGUACUUUGAUUACAAAUGGACUAGGUAAUCAAAUUCUUUCACGGCAGCAUUGCUGCCAACAGAGACGAAUCCAAGAUUUCAACUUUAUGGAUUCGGAUAUUCUGAACCCGCAGUUCAUUUGAUUUUCGGGGUUCAUAACAUAUUAUUUGUACCUACCUGAGCUGAAGCUACUAGGUUGAGUUGAACCCACUUGUUAUACUGCACAUCCGCCCCUGGGUGCCAAAGUUGACUGCAUAGGCAAAAGUGCCGGUUCGGACGUGUGUGCAUACGUUCAUUGCUAGAGAAUAUGCUUUAUAGGAGGGCUAACAUCUUCGCUUCAAUUUCCAGAGGUCGCUAUUUUUGCAAUAGCUUGUAUGGUAUAUUGCGGGUUAAUUUGAUAUUGAGGAUGUUCAACAUGGGCCACAUCUGUGUUGUCCUGAAUCUGUUCUGGUGGUGUUAAGUAUACCUUUUGUCAUUGAAGUAAACCCUAAGUUCCUCAUCCUUAGCAGAGGUCUCCAUUUAGUCAAGGGCAUGCAGGAUUAGGAUGAUGAGGUCAUGAAGAUCAGAUAUCUCAAUCUCUUGACAGAGCUUCUUUCUUUUAUUUUGACGAUAUUCAGCUUCACCAUCUCCCUGAUGAAAGCAUGCUGAACAGUAUGAUUGAAGGGGUGGACUUGGCCAUUAGAUCCAAAAAGUCGAUAAGAUCUCCAUCCCCCACUCCUCCCAAUCCCACCCAAAGAUGAAAAGAUCAUUUAGAAAUUUAGGAAGUUAAAUAAGAAAAGGGAACUGAGACUUGUACUCUCAAUUUUCUGUUUGUAAGACCAUGAGGAGAAUAAAAUAUCUGUCAAGUUCCUUCUAUCAAAUGCUGAAGCUGAUUCAAUUAUUGGAAAGGGCGGCUCGACAAUCAGUGACUUUCAGUCUCGUUCUGGGGCGAGAAUUCAGUUGUCACGCAACAACGAAUUUUUCCCUGGCACCAUGGAUAGGAUUGUAAUGGCGUCUGGGCCAAUUGAUGAUGUACUCAAGGCAGUUGAUCUUAUUCUUAAUAAACUACUAGAUGAGAGUUAUGUUGAAGAUGGUGGUGAUGCUGACCCGCGAUCAAAAGUUAGACUAGUUGUGCCCAACAGCUCUUGUGGUGGAAUUAUUGGGAAGGGAGGAGCUACAAUAAAGUCAUUUAUUGAAGACUCUCGGGCUGGCAUAAAUAUAUUACCUCAGGAUGAAAAUUUUCCAGGACUGCAUGAUAGGUUAGUAGUAGUGAUUGGAACUCUUGGGGAGCAGAUGCGGGCUAUUGAAUUGAUUCUAUAUAAGUUGGCUGAAGACACUCAUUAUAUACAAAGCAUGAAUGCUCCUUUUCCCUAUGCAGCAGCUUAUGUUAACAUGAACUAUGGACCACCAAAUGGAGUAAUUGGAGGGAGAUUUCCAAAUAACAGAUAUCAGAACAAGGGCCAGUUUAAUUCUGAGGAUAGGAACAAUUCUGUUACUAUUGGUGUUGCUGAUAAGCGUAUUGGUUUAGUGCUUGGCCGGAACGGAAGGAGUGUAAUGGAGAUAAGUCAGGUAAGUGGAGCUAGAAUAAAGAUAUCAGAUAGGGGUAAUUUAAUGUCCGGUACUUCUGACAGGAAGGUGACUAUUACAGGAUCUCAAAGAGCGAUCAGCAUAGCCGAGUCAAUGAUAUCUAAGAAAGUAGCGACAGUUACUGAGACACGAGAGGAUGGAUUUUGAUCUCUAAAUAUUUCGUUUGUGAUUUUCGUAAUGGAUAGCUGGAAUUUCUAAUUGUAUAUGGUGAUUUUGGAAGCAGUGCUUGAAUUUUGUUGAGUUUUGAAACCUUUGAGGCAAUAGAACUAUUGGAAUUGAUUCAAUUGGCUGAAUUUAUGGUCAUUUUAUACAGUUGUAAUAUUUCAGUAGGUAACAUUGAGUUGAGAAUUGUGAUUUUUAUUGGAUUGGUUCGAUGAAUUA